AUGUCGACACCUCGGCAAGGAUUAAUAGCUUCUGCUGUAAAUUUUCUUAAAGAUCCAAAUGUCCAAAAAUCUGCUCUUCAAAAACGAGUGGCAUUUUUGGAAUCCAAAGGUUUAACUUCUGAUGAAAUUGAAGAAGCAUUGAAAAGAGCCAAGAAUGAGGAGUCUACCGCGGUGUCAGAAAUAAUACCACAAAAUGAUCAGACUAAUGUUCCUCAAAGUGGUAAAACUAUGAUCAUGCAGCCACCACCGGUUCCAAGAAUGGAUUGGAGAGAUUAUUUCAUUGCUGCCGUUUUUAUUGGUGGUAUCGGAUAUGCGAUCGUUGCUAUCGCCAAGAAAUAUAUUGUUCCUCUUUUGAGGGUACCGACGGCAGACGAGCUUAAUCGAGACAAGCAACUUCUUACAGAUCAAUUCACUACUGCUUCUGAUACACUGGACACUGUCAAGCUUGACAUUCAACUUGUUAAAAAAGGCAUUGAAGAACAAUCAUUAAAAGUUAGAGAGUCGUUAGAAAAAUUGGAUAAUAUGUUGAAAAAUAUUCAAGAUAAUGAAAUAAAGAAGGAGGCUGAACUUAGAAAUAUAAAAGGAGAUAUAGACACAAUACGAGAUUUGAUUCCAAAAUUACUUGAAAAGACUAAAGAAUCUCAAACUCAAUCAUUAAUUGAAUUACAACAAGAACUUAAAUCAUUAAAAUCUCUUCUCGCCAAUCGACGGACUCUUUCUACUGAUAUAUUAACGUCGUCAUCGUCGUCUUCAGCACCACCAGUUAUCUCAAGUCCGACAUCACCUAUCAUUCAAUCUUUAACGUCUCUUCCUGGUGUUACUUCAGGCCAUCCAUCAAUUCCAACUUGGCAAUUGGGUAAUAACAACUCUUCCACCGAAGUUCCUCUGGAAUAA